AAAUGAUGAAACCAGGGAAAUGGUGUCAGUAAUCAACACUGUGGACACCUCGCAUGAGGACAUGAUUCAUGAUGCCCAGAUGGACUACUACGGCACCCGAUUGGCAACCUGCUCGUCAGACAGAUCUGUCAAAAUUUUCGACGUCCGCAACGGGGGACAGAUCCUUAUUGCUGACCUCAGGGGCCAUGAGGGCCCUGUGUGGCAGGUGGCCUGGGCACACCCCAUGUAUGGCAACGUCUUGGCCUCCUGCUCGUAUGACCGCAAAGUCAUCAUCUGGAAGGAGGAAAAUGGCACCUGGGAGAAGACUCAUGAGCACACAGGCCAUGACUCCUCAGUGAACUCCGUCUGCUGGGCACCGCAUGACUUCGGCCUGAUCCUUGCCUGUGGGAGCUCUGAUGGGGCCAUCUCCCUGCUGACCUACACCGGCGAGGGCCAGUGGGACGUGAAGAAGAUCAGCAAUGCCCACACGAUCGGCUGCAAUGCUGUCAGCUGGGCACCUGCAGUUGUGCCCGGAAACCUCAUAGACCAACCAUCAGGACAGAAACCCAACUACAUCAAGAAGUUUGCGUCUGGUGGCUGUGAUAAUCUUAUCAAGCUGUGGAAGGAAGAGGAGGACGGCCAGUGGAAAGAGGAGCAGAAGCUGGAAGCACACAGUGACUGGGUUCGAGACGUGGCCUGGGCCCCCUCCAUUGGUCUGCCAACCAGCGUCAUCGCCAGCUGCUCCCAGGAUGGGCGUGUCUUCAUCUGGACCUGUGAUGAUGCGUCAGGCAGUACAUGGUCCCCUAAACUGCUGCACAAGUUCAACGAUGUGGUGUGGCACGUGAGCUGGUCCAUCACGGCCAAUAUCCUGGCUGUCUCCGGUGGAGAUAAUAAGGUGACCUUGUGGAAGGAGUCAGUAGAUGGACAGUGGAUAUGCAUCAGUGAUGUGAACAAAGGCCAGGGGUCCGUGUCCACCUCUGUCACAGAGGGCCAGCAGAAUGAGCAGUGAAGGACAGGCAGGGCUGGCUCCCUACCUGCAAAUUGCAGGCCUGCCUCUGCC